GGAUUGAGCCGCAGCUCUACCUUCGGCCAAGUCUGCAGUUUCAGUCGCGCGUCGUCGCUUCAAGCGUGAGGUUGAAUUCCCCAGUCAGUCUUCAAAAGAGAUUUUUGUGGCCAACGAGCAUCGAGCUAAAAGCGACUGGCGACAACAUGGAGACCUAUUUGACGGAGAUCAAACAGUUGCGCAUACCACGCCCGAAAUUCGAGCCGAACAGUUGCCAUCAGCAGCACCACCAUGCGGUGGUGGCCACCACCGCUACCACGCCCAUCCAGCCGCCCCCGCCCCUGCACCACCGUCAGUGGCGGCACUUUGUGCGACCCUUUACACCGCCGCGCGAUUACCAUCUGCCCAUGAUGGCCGAGGGCUCCAUGCACGACAAGAUUUAAGGAGGACUUAACCAACCAUAAACCCCAUAUACUACACAUAGAAUAGAUCUUAAGUUUAGUGUUAGAUUAGUUAACUUACUAUAGAUACAGAUACAGUUACAAAUACAAAGAAUAAAGAGUAAA